CAGAAAUGACGCAUUUAGCCAUGCAACCUCUUGUGCUUCUGACCAUAGUCCUGUGCACUUGGUCCUUCUCAGGGGCAUCUCGCAUUGUUGGUGGUCGUGAGGCAAGAGCCCACUCCAGACCCUACAUGGCUUCCCUGCAGAUUAGGGGGUUUAGUUUCUGUGGGGGUGCGCUCAUCAAUCCAAAAUGGAUCCUAACAGCAGCACACUGCAUGGAAGAUACGCCUGUUGACUCAGUGCGUGUCGUUCUUGGAGCUCACAAUCUGCGCCGUCCAGACAGCUUAGUCCAGGAGUUUCGUAUCCAAGAGUCUGUACAGCACCCUGAAUAUAACCCUAACACCGUUCAGAAUGACCUCCAUUUGCUGAAGCUGAAUGACUCUGCAGUUGUCAAUUCUGCUGUGAGGGCCAUUCGCCUUCCUGUUGCUAAUUCAGAUGUGGGACCCAGGUCAAACUGUUCAAUAGCUGGAUGGGGAGCAAUCACUGACUUUGGCACUAAACCUGUAGCGCUUAUGGAGACAAAUGCAGAUAUCAUCAGCCUUCAGGCUUGCAACAGAUCCUGGGGUGGAAGCAUCACCAAUACUAUGCUAUGCGCAGCUACCCAAGGAGUUCGGGCAAAAGGUUUCUGUUCGGGUGACUCUGGAGGACCCCUUGUGUGCAGAAAUAGAGUGGAAGGAGCUGUGUCUUUCUCUGGACAGUUCUGUGGGAAUGCUAGGUUUCCAGAUGUGUAUACUCGUGUCUCAUCCUUCCUGACUUGGAUCCAAACAGUGAUUGGGAGAGAGUGACUGAGGCAGCUGCACGUAUCCUCCUAUAUAUCAGUCUCUUACUAUUGGAAUGGAAUUGCUACUGUAAGUGAUUGACUUAAUUUACCAGUAGACGGUACUGCACUAACAAUUUUGUUUUAAUAAAAAUACAAUAUGGAAAGGUUUUGCACCUGAGAUUAUUGAGUGAACUAGGACGCGAGGCACUGCUUUGUGUGCGGUACAUCCCUAAUUAAAUAUUAUGUAAGAAAACCCACCAUGCUCUACCACAAAUAGCAUCUCAAGUCAUCCUAUCAUGUAUGUACUUUUUUCUAAAUGCCACAGUAAUGUAAUGCAUGCUAUAAAACUUAUAGUUCUACAUAUGUGUAGCAUUCCAAGUGUACUACUUUUUAAUUACAUAAAAUAAUGAAUUUGUGAUUUAAUAAAUGCUCUUCACCCUAA